AUGAGGUUACUCUGGAACAAGCAGUUUUGUGAUGGUGUAACAGAUCCAAAUUUUGGGCCAACAUGUGGAAGGAUUCUAGGAAUUAGUUUCGACCCUAUUAGUGGAUCUCUCUAUCUGGCGGACACAUUCUUUGGUUUUGGAAUCGAAGGUGCAAAUGGCGUUCGAUUCAAUUUUCUCACUGGCUGUGAUGUUAAAAUUAUUUCUCUUUUCUUCAGGAACAAGCAGCUUUGUGAUGGUGCAACGGACCCAGAUUUGGGGCCAACUUGUGGACGAAUUUUGGGAGUUAGUUUCGAUCCUUUCACUGGACAACUCUACAUGGUGGACACAUUCUUUGGUCUUGCUGUGGUAGGUCUAAAUGGUGGGAAAGCUGCAAUAAUUGCUUACAGUGCAAAUGGUGUCAAAUUCAAUUUCAUCACUGGCUGUGAUGUUAAUCCAAUUUACAAGGGAGCUCAUCAUUACAAAUGGAAGUCAAACAUUUGA